CGCCACCACGACUGGUCACACUGGCAAGAAAAAAGCAUCGAAAGAAAGAAAAUUCCCAGCGUCAUUUGUGCAGCAAUUUUGGUAAACAAUAAACAGAGCUCGAGGAAAACGGGAAACUGCGAUUUGGAGCCCACAAUUCGACGCAGAUCGGUUCGAGAAACGGCCUCAAGAUUGGCAAGAUACGCAAGAGCAAGAAAAUGAGCUACAACGAGAAAUCGGAGGCCAUCACCAAGGAGGAGUGGCUGCAGCGCCUGGAGCAGUUUCCCUUCAAGCAGGCGGACAUGAAUCGCCUGAUCAUGAACUACUUGGUCACAGAGGGCUUCAAAGAGGCCGCCGAAAAGUUCCAGCACGAGGCGGAUCUGGAGCCCAGUGUGGAGCUGAGCAGUUUGGACGAGCGCAUACUCAUCCGCGAGGCGGUCCAGGCCGGGCGCAUUGAGGAGGCCACCCAGCUGGUCAAUCAGCUGCAUCCGGAGCUCCUCGGCAGCGAUCGCUAUCUGUUCUUCCACCUGCAGCAGCUGCAGCUCAUCGAGCUGAUUCGCGCCGGAAAGGUGGAGGAGGCAUUGGCCUUCGCCCAGAGCAAGCUGUCGGAGUCCGGCGAGGAGGCCAUGUUCGAGCUGGAGCGCACACUGGCCCUGCUCGCCUUCGAGAAGCCGCAGGAGAGCCCCUUCGCCGACCUGCUGGAGCAGUCGUACCGCCAGAAGAUCGCCAGCGAGCUUAAUUCGGCCAUUCUGCGGUGCGAGCACAGCGAGGACUCCACGCCCAAGAUGAUGUUCCUGCUCAAGCUGAUCUUGUGGGCCCAGUCCAAGCUGGACAGCCGCUCCAUCAGCUAUCCCAAGAUGAAGAACCUGGAGACGGCGCACCUGGAGCCGAAGUAAAAGGGAAUUGAAUGUGGAAGGGACGUAAGGAGGCAGCUGCAGCGCGUUUAAACUCUUGGACCGCCCUUCGACUUCGACUUCGUUUGCUAAUGCUAUUGCUAUUGUAUCUCUUUUUAAUAAGUAUGUAUGUAUGUAUGCUGGAUGUUCGCAGUGAUUAUUAAAUAAGUAGCCGGAAAAAGAC